AUGGGGCUUAGAAGUGUACGGCUAGCGAGAUCAUUUGCGAUAGCGCCGCUGCUGGCGACGCUUGCGAUGCUCGCGAUGCUGGUAACUGGAGCUGCGGCGCUGGAUGCAUGUCCUGACGACGAUUCUCUGUUCGUGUGCGCGACGACCGACGAGUGCAUAAGCGACACGCAGGUUUGCGACGGCGCGCCCAACUGCAGCGACGCGGACGCGCCUUCCGACGAGGACUCCGCGUUCUGCGCGACCUGGGAGUGCCCCAGUGGGUGGAGCAAGUGCGACGAUGGCUUGCAGUGCUACGAGGAGAGUCGCAUGUGCGACGGCACGCGCGACUGUAACGAUGGGAGCGACGAGGAGGGUUGCAAUGCGGGUGGAGAUGAAACCUCUGGUGGUUCUCCACCAGGUGAUUCGUCAGGGUCAGGGGACGGUUCACAGGAACCGUCGGAAGGAGGAGCAGGGGAAGGGGGAGAGGGAGGGAGUGAGGGGGGAGGCGGAGAGGAGGGGGGCAGUGGGGAGGCAGGGGGGAGUGUAGGGGAGGGGGGAAGCGGAGAGGGGGGAGCAAGCGGAGAGGAUGGAGGGAGUGGAGGGGAGGGGGGAAGUGGAGAGGAAGGGGGUGAGGGAGGAGGGGGGAGUGGAGAAGGAGACGGGGAGGGAAAUGACACAGAACAGGGCGGUGAUGGGGGGGAGAACGAUGGCUCAGGAGAUGAAGAUUCAGGUGAAUCUGAAGAAGAACCUGAGACGCCACCUCCCCCACCUCCACCUGAGAAGCAGUUGUCUCCCCUGGAGCAGAAAAAGCGGGAGUAUCAAAAGGCCGCUCAGGCAGCAGAGACUGCAAAGGCCGAUGCUGAAAAGGCGAAUGCGAUUGCCCAGCAGAGGGAGAAAGACGCAGACGCAGCUCAAGCACGGGCAGAUAAAAAAGCGAGAGAUGCCAAAAGUUCUCGGGGUGGAGCGAGCGGGAAGAAGAAGCGCGAGGAGGCGAAGCAAGCGCAGAAAGAGGCCGACGCUGCGAGGGCUAGAGCAGACCAGGCGAAAGAGGAGGCAGAUGGGAAGGAGGAAGCGGCUGGGGAGGCUACUAACGCAGUGGAGGAGAAGCGGCAGGAGCUUGUAGAUGAAGCAGAGAGGAGCAAACCUGAGCUAGAAGAUAAGAAGAAGCGGGGGACGGCCCGGAAGAAUGCGGCUCGGGCCGAGCGCGACGCAGCCAAGGAGAAAAAGGAGGCGAAGAAGAGAACGUUCAGAGAGAGGGUGGCUGCGGCGCGGCUCGCCCAGAUGGCUGAGAAGGCCAGUGCUGCCGCGGCUGCAGCUGCAGAGAAGCAGGCAGCGGCGGAUAAAGCCAUGGAGGCUAAGCAACAGGCGGAUGCUGAGGUGGAUCGGCUGGUUUUAGCUAAGAGUCAGGCGGAGGGGGAGGCGAGAGAGGCAGGGGAAGCGCAGGCUGCAGCGGAGGCGGCGGCGCGGGAGGCGGUGGACGCCGGUGAUGAGAGGUUGAGUGCGGUGAAGUGGGCGGAAGCCGCGGAUGCGCUGGGGCUGAAGUGGGUGAAGCAGACGGAGGUGGAGAGAGUGAAGAGGGAGUUGGUUGCUGCUAAGGCGGCAGCCAAGCUAGCUGCCAAGGAGGCUACAGUGAGGCAGCAGGCGGCUGCUCGGGCGGCGAGUGAGGCGCAGAAAGUGGGCGGCAAAGUGGGUGGGGGUGGGGAGGGUGGUGGUGGCACUGGUGGUGGUGGUGAUGCUGGUGGUGAUGAUAGUGGUGCUGAUGGUGGUGGUGAUGGUGGUGGGUCUACUGAUCCAGGAGGUGACACAAACGAGGGUGGGUCUAGUGACACAAGCAGUGGUACCAGUGCAGGAUUGUCAAAACAAAGUGUAGGGGUUAAAGUGGCCUUUAGUGAUGGUGUUGUUGGGAGUGGUGGUGGCAACAAAGGGGGUAACACAAGAAACAGAAAGGUGGAUGUGGGGGGCUGA